AUGUCUUGUUGUUGCACGACAAGAACUCUCCGAUUGUUCAUUCGAAAUGUAGCCCAACUUGAUUUAGCUACAUCUACAUCAAGCUCCUCUCCUUACCGACUAAGAAGGUCCAACAUUCGAAGGUUCAAUGUUCCUUCAGUUCCAUCUCUACAGCCUCUGCAUUCGAGAGCGUAUUCAACCGCACACUCAUUUCAACCCGUAAUAAAUACUGAUCAAGAUGCGCCUACCGAAGGUCGGGAAGAAUUGAGCUCUGCGGUGGAUUUGCCCCGGAAUACUACACAAGACGAGAUCGAAGAUAUGGAUGAUUUUUUCCUGGAAAUUACACCCGAGUCAAUAGAUGCGCUUGCAGCGGAGACAAAAUCUGAGCUGGCAACCUUGGGGUCAAGGGAAUCAAUGGUAUCAUGGGAAUCAGACAAACCAAGGGAAUUGAUUAGACCGACAGAGACGUGGGAGGACUCGUGGGUUCAGAGAGAGCCGUUAGACAUAUUUUCAAGGCCGAUGAAGAAGGCAAGGUGGAAUGCCGAGGCGGAGAAAACCAGGUUUAGAAGCGUUCAAAUCGACAACGCAGUAUCACCUAACCCACAAGCCAGCACACUCAAGAAGAACAUGGUGGGUAAAGAUUAUGAUUGGACACCUCCAUUGCGUGAAAGUUGGAUGGUGCAGAAAGCAGCACUGAAGGAAAAAUUCCCUGAGGGAUGGAAGCCCAUGAAAAGGCUGUCGCCAGAAGCACAGGCAGGGAUUCGCGCACUACAUGCCCAAUACUCCGAGCAAUAUUCCACGGCUGCACUGGCCGAUCAUUUCGAGGUAUCUGCUGAAGCAAUCCGAAGAAUCUUGAGAACCAACUGGGUACCGACGCCAGAAGAAGAGUCCGACCGUGAGAGAAGAUGGUUUCAAAGAGGAAAGGACGUAUGGACUAAAUAUGCUGAAUUGGGCGUAAAACCACCUAGGAAAUGGCGAGAGGAGGGUAUAGGUAAGGGCAAACCGGAGUGGAAGAAGAGAGCGAUUCCUACCCUCACGACUAGUCGGCCUGGGAACUCCGAAUCUCAAAGGUCAGAGGAAUCUGAUAGUCUUGAGGAGUCUGAUAGUUUUGAGGAUGAGAUGGAGGAUAGGAUAUUUUGA